GGCGCAUGUUGAAUUGACGAGCGAGCUUUGCGUUUUGCGUGGCACGUUGCAUGUGGGAUAGUUUCUUAAAAAUCGUAAACUAUUUGCUUAGGUAUUUAGUAGGUAUUUUGUUCUUUGCUGAAUGCUAGAGAACGGAAAUCCUAAGUGCUAAAUUGGUCAGACAAUCCAUUCAAGGUGAUUCUGCUACGCAAAGGACGCAAAGGAUAAUCGUGAAAAUAAACGGCAGUGAUGUCUGGCUCGGACGACGGCCAGGACGCGGAGAGCACGCUGUCUCAGCGGCUGGACCGGUGCCUGCAGCUGGUACAGGAGGUGCGCGACGCCUCGGUGCCCUCCUCCGACCCGGAGCUGCAGAGUACGGUACGCUCGGCGAUCUCGGGCCUGGAGUCGCUCACGCGCCGGGUUUCGUCUGCCGGGCUGUUCUCCAGUAACGAGUCUGUUGAGGAGCUGCCGACCGGCUCCCUGCGCUUCCUGCUGCUGCCGGCCCUGCUGGGAGAGCUCACCUGCCGGCUGGCGCACGAGGACAGGAUGGAGCUGAUCGGUAUAGCGGAGGUGUACUACCGGGACUUUCUACAGCGGUGCCGCGACUACGGUAUAACCGAGGCCGAGAUCCCGGCUCCCCGGUCCCGAGGGGAGGAGCCCGACCCCCCGGCGGCGCGGCACCCGGCGCAGCAGCCGCGCGCGCCCACUAUGAGGGAUCUGGCCACCAUGUCCAAACAGCGGGAGGAGCGACUGAGGAGGUACCGCGAGCAGAAGGAGCUGGAGAAACAGCUGACCGAACUGCAGGAGGCGAUGCGCCGCCCCAGUCCGGACGACGAGACGAUACGCACAUACUAUCUGACGCUGCUGCGCCAGGCCGUCGGUAAGGCGCUGUCCGAACUGCAGAGCCUCGAGCUCGAGAAGCCCAUCCUGGAGCACAUGCAGCACCUCAAGACCAGGGGCGGCGCGGCGGCGGCCGAGUCGCUCCGUUCGCCGGCGUCUGCGCCGCCGCUGCGGCCGGUGGUGAUCACCCGCACUAAGCUGGAGGCGGAGGUGUUUGGCGCCGGCUACAGCAGCCUGCCCACAAUGUCCGUGGAGGAGUUCUACGAACAGAGAGUCAGGGACGGAGUGUUCCCCGGUGGCUGUCAGCAGGCGUCCAACCCCGCCCCUCCGGCCGGCCAGCCGGCCACCGCAGAUGACAAGGACGGGGAACGGGACCGUCUGGAGGAGACGGAUGACGCGGCCACCCUGACGCGCGCCCGUCAGUUCGACGAGUACAAGGACACUCACAAACGGGGCGAGGGGAACCGCCACAACAGGAGCUAGGACCGGCCACGCGGCACCGACGGACUAUGUUUUCUAAUGGCGCCGCAGGGAGCUACGCGGUGCGACGGAGCGCCACCUAUAUGUGACGGAUAUAGGUGGCGCUGGCACCCUGCCAUCUAGUGAAGACGCGAUGAACUAUUUCCUGGUGGGGGAACCGGUAUGCAGAGGCGGCUUUCUGUUAUUUGCGAGGACCCGUGUCAGGUGCUGCCAUCCCGCAGUGCUCAGGUGCAGCUGAACUGUGUGAGCGGCCGCCGGACCGCGAAUAACGCGGCCGGCGUCGCGCUGCUGCCAUCUAUUGAAGGUUGUGCCAAACUCUAGUUCGCCGGUCGCCGCAACGACAGGUGGGUCACGCCAUUCGCCAUUCAGUGCAGGAGUGGGGUGAGCCGAGUGUUUCUGUGGGUGGUAGGGUCAGGCGCCGUCCUGCAGGGGCAAGAUCAACACGUGAAUCUUCUACCAUGGUACAACCACUCCGCCAGACAGGCGUCUAGAGAGCCGUCGAUAAAUUAAACCGUACUGUCAGCAUAAUCAGAGUGGCCUUGAAUUCUUCACCAGGCUGGGUUAUUACACUUUGGGUCCCCGACUACCAUACAGCGUCUGACAAUUUGGAGCGUUCAUCUGACGCUCAAAAGACGCCGAAUCCUCCAGUCAGCUCAGUUGGUGCUAUGACGUCACAAUCAUUGUCCUUGAAGAGCAAUCACUUCUUUUGCAGAGCAGGAAGCGGAAAUGUGUCUGGUGAAGCCCGCUAGGAAUCUUGGGUUACACGGAAGGUACUAUUCUUGUCUUCGCUUUGGAUUGUCGAAUCAGCUUGAACGGUUUUAGGCGAAGUAACGUUGGCGAUAAAUGUGGUGGGUGGGACGUUUAUCGAUGUUGCUUAUCGUGCAAAUAGUCCCCGUUGUCUCUUUUGCGAAUGUUAUGCAUGAUAGCCUGGGUCUAAACGGUGUAACUGGUGUUAGCACUUCCUUGUGCUAAAACAUUCAUUUGUCUAUGUUAAUCGCUGUAAUUGAGCAUUGACAAAUUUGCUCACUACACACAGGUCUUCUCUCCUUAUGUAUGCAUCCAUCUUCGGUCAUGUCUCUCUCUCGAUUUUUCUAUAUUAAUUUGUCUCAGUAGAUAGCCCCAAAUUCGACAUGCUUGUACGCCACCAACGCAUCACCGCAUGUGAAUUUCCACUGAGUAGCUGAGCGAGACAGUUCUCUCAUUUUCCAACGACUUAUCGUCAUUGACAAAGAGCUGGAUGAUUUUCGGCGAGCGUUCUCGCAGCUUUGCAGUAUCAAUAUUCCGGUACUUUUCUAUUGAUUCUUCUUGUAUAUCAAUAUUUUUAAUAAUUGCAUCGAUAUAUAAAGUCGUCUACUUCCAUGCUCUUCUUGAUGCCUACACAGGCUGAGGUUAAAUAUUUGGCAAAAGUGGUGACAAUUAAGCUGCGUUACAUGAUACGCUGAAGGACGAAUCAUUUUGCCGUCUGGGUUUCAGCGAUCGCAGCCUUAUCGUCAAACCCAAAAGAGGUGAAUGUAUCCUACCUGCUUGAAAAGCGUUUGGAAACAUUCGUCACCGUUUUGGUGCCGCACCUGGGCGUGUUAUCCCCCAUUUCCACCGUGACGCAGAGUAGGACUGCUAGGGCCGCAUUGUUCACAUUCCGGUACAUUGCUGUAUAGGUAGGUACCGUGUGUGCGGUACUCCCGAGUGGGUACCGUACUACAUAUAACUGUGUCCGCUGCAGGGGCGGGUACUGCGAACGAUGUACCCCGGCAUGGCAGGGGGGCACAGCCAUGGUGUGCUGUGAUUGGACACAAUCGCCGAGUUGGGGCUAGAUUGGUGGCGUUUGUUUGUUGGAUGAUGAACAUUUCCCAGUGCGUCGAAAGAAGCAUAAAAUUACUCUUUGAUCUUUUUGAGGUGAUAUGCAUUCAUCUAGUGCUCUUUUACUGACAUCAUUUAUUGGUAUAAAAAAUGAGCUUUUGCGAUUUGUUUUUUGGUCUUGCCACACCGAACUAUAUCAUUAUGCUUUUGAUAUGAAAUGAUUUUCAUCUGCCCAGAAUGAAGCUUUGACCUCUAUCGAGACCACAGUGUCGUCAGUCGGUGUUGAACACUGUGUGCCCUUGUCCCAGAUCUGAGUUGUGUGAGGGCCGUCCCACUGCUGGCUUUUGCUGAGGGCUGUCCCACUACUGGGUUUUGCUGAGGGCUGUCCCACUACUGGCUUUUGCUGCACCGUACCGGAGUACCGAUGCGGAGCAUCUAUUGUACCGCGUAUAUCGUGGAAAACACUGUAAAGCGUACCGCGUACCGUGGAAGGCACAGCGGCCCUGUCCCGCGUACUGUUUGGUACGUAACGUACGCCCGAGUACGUAACGUGUACCCUACUGCGCAACAUGACGCACUUGUGCAUACUGUACCGCGUACCGUGGCCAAACAGGGCAGUUCGUACCGCGUACCGUGGGCCAAACAAGGCAGUUCGUACCGCGUACCGUGGGCCAAACAAGGUAGCUUGUACCGCGCAUGUAUGGCGGCAAGGAACUUACUUCGUACCACGAAGCGUGGCUUAUCUGACGUGUGUCGUACCGUGUACUGGAGCUCACAGCGUCGUGGUGUAUCGGCACAUGUGCUGUAAAGUAACACACACACACACACGUGGUGUACAGCUACCCGCACACGUGCUGUGAAGUACAUAGCACACACACACAUGGUGUACAGCUACACGCAUGCGGUGUGCAGCUACAGGCAUAGGUCGUGCAAGAUUACACACAUGUGUGGUGUGCAGUUACACACACAUGUGAUGUACAGUUACACGCACAUGUGGUGUAAAGUCACUCACACGUGGUGUACAGCUACACGCACAAUGCACAUGUGGUGUGCAGCUACACGCUUGGCUGGUGUACCACCGUGUGACACAUGGUUUCUGUGUGCGCUACAGCUGCCCCGGCUACAGCGCUAAGCCUGGGAGGGCGAUUUCAGUGGGGACCUUGUCCCCAGUAUGUGACGCCCGGCUACAGCGCUAAGCCUGGGAGGGCGAUUUCAGUAGGGACCUUGUCCCCAGUAUAUGACCCCCGGCUGCAGCGCUAAGCCUGGGAGGGCGAUUUCAGUAGGGACCUUGUCCCCAGUAUGUGACCGGGCCGGCUACAGCGCUGAGCCUGGGAGGGCGAUUUCAGUAGGGAUCUUGUCCCCGGUAUGUGACCCCCGGCUGCAGCGCUAAGCCUGGGAGGGCGAUUUCAGUAGGGACCCUGUCCCCAGUAUGUGACCCCCACCCUGCACCAUUGACGUACAGCCUGCGGAAACGGAAUCACCCCAACACCCCAAGUGGCUGCUCUGGACUUACACCCAACACCUUUCCCUGAUGUAUGAUGUCCGAUUUAUGCACUAAACCGCACACAUGAACUUGUGGCAAGAUGGUCAUGCUGGUGAGAUUUACCAUUUUCGCGCUCUCUUCAUAGACUGUUUACCAUCCCACUGCCGUUUCCCUACUUAAUUAUACAACUGGGUUCAUCAUCCACCCUUAAUGAACGUCGCCGGCUGGUGCGAACCUUGAGCAACCGCUGGUUCAACACCCCACAUAUGGAACCCCGCGUGACUCGCAAUGUCAUAAACGCCAAUAGCGAGACCCAAACUGGCCUCUGACUAAUGUCACUGUCCCAGUGAUUGCUGGCGUUUGGAGAGGAGAGAGAACAAGGACUUAAUUUGUUUUCCAGUGUAUUGCUAUAUUUUCGCGCUGCUGUAAUGUAAACGUUUGGUGAUGGACUUUUUGAAGGUAUCGGGUUCCUGUGAAUAUUUCUAUGCCGUUGUACACGUGCGAAGUUAAUUGUAUUGACUUGGUGUCAAGUAAGUUUGUAAUUAAGUUGAUGUAAGUGCUAGUUGUUCCGAUUCGUUGUUGUUUGCCAUUGCGUGCUGAAAGAGGUGAAGUUAUGAUUGAAAGGCAGAAUGUUUGCGCAAUGCACAUUGACCCAUGACGUGUUGUGUGUAAUGUGGGUAUGUUUUCUUUUGUUUUGAAAUCAAAACGUCUGCGUAUUCAACCUCGCUUUCGGACAAAUAUUUUCAAGCGCUUGGUUUUAAUAAAUAUUUCAUGCACUUCAUGUCCAUGUCACGGCUACGAACUUUGCAGUGCUGCUUCAGUAGCCUUUCUGCCAUGCUGUCGCAAAAUCGGUCGCUUUUUCAGAUGUCGGUAUUAUAGCCUGUACCUGCCGUCUCACCAUUUUGCAUUGUGUCAUUCCUCGUGUGCCAGCCGCUAGAACAGCAAUCCCCCACUGAUCAAACAGUUUGGCGCGUCGUCACACUUCUGCCAUGGCUGCUGUGUGAAUGAUAAAUGUGUGUACCAUGGUGUCAAGUGGGAUAUGAUUUUCCCUCGGCAUAUGUUGAGUGCGUAUGGUGUAUGAAGCUUGUUGCCAUACGCAGAGUUGAACGGUGCGGUUGUAAGCUGUGAUGAUUUGCAUGAUUGUAUUUUGUGAUGCUUUUUACGGAUGUAUGUUAUGAUUGUAUGCUGUGAUGCGUGGCACGAGUGUAGGUAUAUGUUACGACACUGUGAGGUUAGUGCCAUGCUGCGUGUAAGCUAAGCAUUGAGCUGUGACCUAUGACAAUGACGACCGCCUCUGUCUCUCCAUGUGUCAGUGCGUUGUCUGUAUGGCCGGCCCUGUUGCACACAUCAGUGCACUAUUCCCGCCCCUUCUGUUGACUAGUGCGCGUUUUGGCUGUCUCCGCUCUCCCCUGUUCGUAUGUGCUGGCUCAGCUGCCCAAAUACAUAUACCGCCUCCAA